ACAAAUCGAGAGUUCUUUUGAUCUCCUCAGUCUCCGUCUCUCUCUCUCUCUCUUUCACUCUCUGAAAUGGCGUCCAAAGUGUUGAUGCCAAGCUUAAACCUAAACAAUGUAACCUUUCCAGGGGACAAUAAAACUCAAUCACAUUCAUUUGGGCAAGUUUCAUUCCCUAAAAAAACUGGGGUUUCUUCAUCAAGACAAUCGGUCAUCAGUAGGAGCUGUGCAGUUGCAGUAAAACCAGCAGCUCUGAUGGCGACGAGUACAGCAAAACCAGCCACUAGUUAUACCUUGUCUCACUUGUGGAGAGAAGUUCAAGGUUCAAACAACUGGGAAAACCUAUUGGAACCAUUGGACCCUCUUCUUAGAAACGAGAUUAUCCGAUACGGAGAGUUCGUGGCAGCCUGUUACAAGGCCUUUGAUCUGGAUUCAAGCUCCAAGAGGUACUUGAACUGCAAGCACGGGAAAAAGAAUAUGUUGAAGGAGGUUGGGAUGGAAAAUUCAGGCUAUGAAGUGAGUAAAUACAUUUACGCUACACCCGAUGUCAAUAUCCCCAUCCAAAACGGGGCUACUUGCGGUCGUUGGAUCGGAUAUGUCGCCGUUUCAUCGGAUGAAGCUGUGAAAAGGAUUGGGAGAAGGGAUUUGCUGAUAACCUUUCGAGGCACGGUCACCAACCAUGAAUGGGUUGCUAAUUUCAUGAGCUCACUCACGCCUGCAAGGCUCGACCCGCACAACCCGAGGCCCCUAGUGAAAGUGGAGUCUGGGUUUUUGAGCUUAUACACAUCUGAAGAAGCUGAUAGCAAGUUUGGGCUUGAAAGUUGUCGACAACAGCUCUUAUCUGAGGUUUCCAGGCUAUUAAACAAGUAUAAAGGUGAGGAAUUGAGUAUAACUUUGGCUGGUCAUAGUAUGGGGAGUGCUUUGGCUCUUCUUUUAGCUUAUGAUAUAGCUGAACUUGGGUUGAAUAGAACGGAUACCAAUCACCAAGACCAAAUACCAAUCACUGUCUUCUCCUUUGGGGGACCUAGAGUUGGGAACACGAGUUUCAAGCAAAGAUGUGAGGAACUGGGAGUCAAAGUGUUGAGAAUAGCGAAUGUCAAUGAUCCCAUUACAAAGCUUCCAGGUGUUUUCUUGAAUGAAAACUUAAGGGUUUUGGGAGGAAGAUAUGAGUUGCCAUGGAGUUGUUCUUGUUAUGCUCAUGUUGGAGUUGAACUAACCCUAGAUUUCUUCAAUGUCCAAAACCCUUCUUGUGUUCAUGACCUUGAAACCUAUAUCAGCUUACUGAGAUGGCCCAAAAGAUCAGUUCACAGUAAAAUUGAUGAAAAUGAUGGGGUCGAUUUGUGGAAUGGGGCAAGGGGUUUUCUCUUGAAUGCCCAAAAUUUUUACAUUUGUUUGCCUUGGAUUGGUGCUGCCAUCGACAUGGUAAACAUGGUUCAAUCUCAAAAUCUUAGUUAA